AUGAAGUUUUUUCCUCUGUUCUUUUUCUUCGCAGUUUUUGGCGGAGAACAGGGUCAAGAUCUUGUUUCAAAUGAUUAUUUAACAAAUGAAGAUUCUUCUGUAUUUGAUUGGCAACGUGGCAAAAAUAAAAAAAAGAAAAGUGCUACUAAAUCAACAACUACAACGACGACAACCUCAACCACAACCACGACGACAACAACAACAACCACCACGUCAACCACGAGCACAACAACCACAACAACAACAACCACAACCACAACAACUACGUCGACAACAAGUACGACCACAACAACGACAACUUCAACAACACCUCCGACAACACCUUCGGCUAAAAGCAAGAAAUCUAAAAAAGAAGCCAAAUCUUCAGGACCCUGCACCAUCAAAAAAUUCCAAUCAAUCACCUGCAGCAAGCUUGGCCUUACCCACGAGGGCGACGUUAUCGAACAAAUAAAUGCUCUUCAUGAUACAAAGCGCUUCAAUAUUCACUCUAUCGAUCUAAGCAAGAAUCCAAAACUGAACGGAGAAAGCAUCAAACGAAUCUUGGAACGAUUGCCAAAUUUGAAGAAAGUUAAUCUUGCCGGAGUAGAUAUGAAACAGGUACCCCCUGGACUUUUCAAAUCAACGGAAAAAGUCAACAAUGUCAACAUUUCGGACAAUAACAUCAUCUGCGCUCGCGGUGUCUUUACGAAUCUGAAGCUCGCCCGACUCACAUACGGCGGCAAUCCCCUCUUGAAAGAACUCACCGGCCGCUCCAAGUCAAAGAAGUCAAAGGCGAAGGAAGAUGUUCGAAAGAUCGACUACGAUGUCAAGGACAGUGACUGUGCUUUUGACAUGCCUGGUGAUUUUGCUCACUAUGGUUAA